AUGGACGACGUUCCAAACGACGCCAAGUCCAAGGAGGUCGUGAGGCUUUGGCGCGCCUGGAGAACGGUUCACGAAAUGGUUGCCGAUCGGGAGUACGAACUAGCAGAGGAAGAGGUCAACAUUUCUCUGGACCGCUUCCGCGACGAGUACUGCAACCCCGACGGUUCAGUAAAGUACGUCCCCCGUCCCCGUCUCCGUCCCCGUCUACGCCGUGGCCUCGCGCUCCUUUCCCACCCACGAGGGCACCCUCUCUCCGGUCUCUUUGCUGCAGCGAAAAGACCAAGCUACAUACAGAAACUAACCGCCCGCGCACCCUCCAGCCGCGCCAAGCUCCAGUUCUCCGCACGUCCCAGCGACGCCAUGCUCAAGAAGAACACGCCGCCGGCGACAGAGUCCAACCCCGAUCCCGCCCCCGACUGCGGCCCCGUCUGGGUCGAGUUCCUGACCGACAAGCAGUUCGGCGUCGGCCAGAUCCGCCAGUUCGCCAAGUACACCAUAUCAAACAACUACAAGACGGGCAUCAUGGUCACCCACGUCCCGCUGUCCCCGGCCGCGCGCAAGUCCCUCGCCAGCGUCGAGAACCUCGCCAAGAUUGAGUGUUUCCUCGAGGGCGAUCUCCUGGUCAACAUCACCCACCACGAACUGGUGCCGCGGCACGUGCUGCUCUCGAGGGACGAGAAGACGGCCCUCCUAAAGAGAUACCGUUUGAAGGAGACGCAGCUGCCUAGGAUUCUGCAAAAGGAUCCCGUGGCGAGGUAUUUGGGCUUGAAGAGAGGACAGGUCGUCAAGAUCAUUCGAGUCAGUGAGACGGCCGGUCGCUAUGCCAGUUACAGACUAUGUGUCUGA